AAGAAGCCGAAUCGCGUUCUGCAUCUCACCACUGUCCCGCUUUGCCCUCUCAAAGGCGGCUCUCAAUUACGUCUCUUCUUCACGCCGGCUCUUAACAGAGUUACGCAAGCCUGCAGAGGCUCUCGUUCUCGCGCGCGUUAGGGUUCGUCGCAAUCGGUGUGCAAGAAAAGAAAAAAAAUAAGGAGCGCAAUGGCGGGAGGCGGCGGCGAUAAUACGGCUCCGGGAAUGGCGAUGGAGGUGGAAGCGCAGGCGAGCCCGUGCCCGGGGCCCUCACCUCCCCCACUGUCCGGUUCCCCAACCCCAUCUUCUGAUUCUGGUAGCAACAGCGUCGCCUCCUCGAUGCGGCUGGGCCUCAGGAACAGCAUCCAGACCAACUUCGGCGACGACUACGUCUUCCAGAUCGCUUCUUGCCAGGAGAUCUCGACGCUCGCAGUUUCGUUGUCAACAAAUGCACUGAAAUUUUAUUCUCCAGCAACCGGACAAUAUUUGGGGGAGUGUACUGGACAUAUAGGAACAAUCCAUGAAAUUUCUUUUUCAGCUCCCUCGUCACCACACGUAGUAUGUUCCUCUUCUUCUGAUGGAACUGUUAGAGCUUGGGACACGAGAUGCUAUAAGCAGAUAUCUUUGCUAAGUGGUGGUGCCUCACAUGAAAUGUUUAGCUUUUCCUUUGGUGGAUCAAGUGGUAACCUGCUUGCUGCUGGUUCUAAUUCCCAGGUUCUAUUGUGGGAUUGGAGAAGUUCAAAACAGCUAGCCUGCUUAGAGGAAUCCCACAUGGAUGAUGUGACACAGGUCAGAUUUGCACCAAAUCAACAGAGUAGACUCAUUUCUGCAGCCGUUGACGGAUUAGUAUGCGUCUUCGACACUGACGGUGAUAUUGAUGAGGACAAUCAUCUGCUAUCUGUUAUGAAUGUGGAGACCUCUGUUGCUAAGGUGGGGUUUUAUGGAAAUAUGUAUCAGAAGCUUUGGUGUUUAACCCAUAUUGAAACGCUAAGUACUUGGGACUGGAAUGAAGGGAAUAGAGAAUUGAACAUAGAGGAUGCUCGUUCCUUGGCCACAGAUAAGUGGAACCUUGAUCACGUGGACUAUUUCGUUGACUGUCACUACUCACUGCCUGACGACCGGUUAUGGGCAAUUGGUGGCACAAGUGCGGGGACAUUAGGUUACUUCCCUGUGAAAAAUGAUCCUGCAGGAGUAAUCGGUUCGGCAGAGGCUAUCCUUGAAGGAGGCCACACAGGAGUUAUCAGGACCAUAUAUCCAGCCGGAAGCAGCCAUCAGAAUCUUGGGCAAAAUAGGGGCAUCUUUGGGUGGACAGGAGGUGAAGACGGUCGUCUAUGUUGCUGGCGUUCUGAGGAAACAGCAGCAGCAAACAAGUCUUGGAUCUCUAGCAUGCUUGUAUCACGGGCACAAAAGAGAAUCAGAAGCAGCCGACAUCAGCCCUACUAACCAUUAACAUGUCCAGUCCCUUGGUUAACAUCAUUGUAACUUUUAUUGAUGCUGUUUGGACGCUUCAUCUGAUUUUUGUCCUGAUAUGUACCAUAAUCAAGUUUACCAUAAUUGUUUUUGAAAAAAAAUAUACAUGCAACUCGUUUUGAAUGGC